AUGGGGGCCGGGCCCCGGGAGCGGUUCCGGGGCGGUUCCGGGGCGGUGUCCGGCGUCACUGCCGCUUCCUCGGCGGGCCAUUGGAAGGCGGUGUCGGGACGCGGUGGCGCUGUGCCCGAGCCGAAGCGCUCGCUGUCGCUGCUGGGGCCGGGCCGAGCACAGCAGCAGCAGCAGCAGCGAGAGCGGCGGGCGGACGCGGCCCCCGUGGCCACGGCGUUCGUGUGCGCCGGCUGCAGGCGGCCCCUGGGCAACACCUCGAGCUGGGCAUUCAAUGACGAGGAGAGCGGCCGCAUCCUGCUGCGCAGCGCGGCUGCCGGCGUCGCCCUGGAGCCGGAGCGGAAGGUCUCCGAGCUCCCCGGAGAGUGCGGAUGCAUGGUAGAAACCCUAUUCUGCUCUGGCUACUCAAGGACACUUGGCGGCACCUACAAGUGCACCUCAAGGCAUCUUGACUACAAGAGAGAUUUGUUCUGUUUCAGUAUUGGCUCUGUUGGAAGCUAUAUUUUAGGAAGCCUCGAAAAGCAAGCUCUUCUUGACAAGGAACCGCUUCAUCUUGAAAGUCAAGGUGUCUCACAAGAGGUGCUGCAAAGGGGAGCUGGCAAAAAAGGAGAGAGCCGCUAGGAAGCAAAGAAGCUGCCCGAAGGCCUUAUCCCAGCCCAGGGUUCCCACUUUUCUCUCUGACUCCUGAAUAAUUGCUUGAGCGUAACCAGGGAGCGUCCGUUUGAUUUCCUGCCUUUUCCAAUAAAUCCUUGCCUUCAGCUGGAGCGCGUUCCUGGUGUCCUCCUCCUCCUCCUGCUGCAUGGAUUUGUAAAUAAAGUUCCUGACUUCUGUCCCACUGAAUUUUGUUAUUCCAGCAAUUGUGGCUCGCUCGUUCCAUUGAAACUUCCCCGCUCUGCCGAGAGUUUGAGAUGUCAAAUCCAGGUAAGACUGGAGUUUCUUUGGAUUGCUACUCCCACAAAACACAGAUAAUUCUUGGAGAAGUGUAACGUGCCAUGUUUAGUUCGCACUUCCCUUUAAAAUCAGAGCAGAGGAGGCAGAUUUUAAAUCAUCCUUCCAUGAACUUCCAGCAACCUCCUGACUGUUCCAAAAGUUUUCCAUGUUAGAAAUUCCCGAGCUUGUUUUCCAGGCAAGCUGGGAUUUGGGUGUUAUUCCUUCCUUUUAUUUCAUGGUUUUCCUCUCUCUGAUUUUAGUGAGGGGGUAUUUAUUGCAAAUGCCGAUUUUCCAUCCCAGUUGGAAUUUUUGUACCUCUUAGGGCACAUUUGCAAGGAAAUUUGCCAAAAGAGUGUCGGUUAAUGGGCAUUGUGGAUCACCGUACCUGCAGGAUGCUGUAAAUUCCCAGGAAAACUUGCUGCGUGUUUGAUUGCCGUCAUGAAUCUCUCUGUAAAGUCAAAUUCACUGCAUUUUUAAUGCCAUCAAUCCCAUUACAACCUCACUCCUGGCCUAAUUGCUGUUCCCUGGACACAAUGGGGUGGAUCUUUCCUGCCUUGGCACAUUUGGAUGUUCAUCCGAAAUUGUCUACUGGCAACAAAGAAGUUGGAAAAUGACAGCCGUGGCCACCCACCGAAGGCCUGGAUAUAAUGGGGAGUGAGACCAAAGCCUCUGUACUUUCUGCUCCAUUGAGGAACCCGAAGGGAGAAAGCUGUCUGGUUCUGUCUGCUGUUGUCAUCGUGGCCAAAAAAGAAGGGAGCCGAGGGCGCCAGGACUCACCUCCCCCCCACAACCCCAAAUAAAACCCCUCCAAAAACUACCAACAAACGAACUUGACUUUUGUCCCGUCCCGUGUCGCCCUCCCCACAUUCGGAUUUCUGGGGUCUCCCAGCGCCCUUAUUGGGGCUCCCCCCUCAGGGCUCCCUGCGCUGCCACCUUCCCACGAGGUCGGCGAGGAUAGGAUGCCCCCCGGACGUGCGGGAGCAGCGGGGCUCAGUUGGGAAAUCAUGACAGGAAGCACCUGCAGCUGCACGGGUCCGGUCCCCCACCCGCCAUCUCUAUGACUUCCGCGUGGCGAAGGGGAGUCCCGGUACUCCGAAAAUUGGAAUAACUGUAUGAUUCCGAUCGGGCGGGGGGCGUUUCCGGUCCUCUACUCCUUGUCUCUAUGAUUUCCGGUGCUCCUCUUUGCUAUCUCGAUGAUUCCGAGAGGGCGGGGGCGCUUU